GUCGUCGUCGCGAUGGUAGAUCUCCAAGGGAUAAGGAAACUAAUACGAAACACACAAAAUCUCUCGUAGAGCCAAAAAAAAUUCUGUCUUCCCUCCCUUCCUUGGCUUCCAUGAAACCUCUAAUCUCUCACCGGCCAUCUCCAACGGCUCCGUUCUUCUUCUCCGCCGCAUCUCCGCCGCAGCUCCGCCGGUGUAUCCGCUCAUCUUCGUCUUAUUCCUUGUCUCCGCCGCCUCGCUGGCGUUCCUUCGCCGCUUGUUCCCUCUCAAUCAGGAACAUUUCGUAUGACUCCGCUGAUCAAGACCUUCCUUCUAGGCCGCGAACUGUCUAUCCCGGUGGAUACAAGCGUCCGGAAAUUCCCGUCCCCGGCCUCCUCCUCAAGUUAGACGCCGACGAGCUUCUGAGCGGAAGCCGCGACGAGGCUCUUGCUCUGGUGGGCCGAGCCUUGGCUAAGUCCAUUGAAAUCGUGGUGCUCGAUGGCGGAGCCACCGGCGGACGGCUCUAUGAAGCAGCAUGUUUGCUGAAGUCCGUCGUCAAGGGCCGAGCUUAUCUCUUGAUCUCCGAACGCGUUGAUAUCGCCACCGCCGUCGGUGCCAGUGGAGUUGUUCUCUCGGACCAAGGUCUUCCAGCAAUAGUUGCACGAAACACUAUGAUGGGUUCCAAUUCCGAGUCGGUAGUUCUUCCUUUGGUUGCUAGGACAGCACAGGAUGUUGAUUCAGCUCUAAGUGCUGCUAGCUCUGAGGGUGCUGAUUUUCUGAUAAUUGGCUCUGGUGAAGAGAAGCAAGUAGGUUUAGUUGUGGAGUCAUUGUUGAAGGGUGUGAAAAUACCCAUUUACGUGACGCUGUCUGGAAGCACAGGAACGGACAGCGAAGGACUGCAUCUAUUGAAAUCAGGUGCUGCUGGUUUUGUUAUUUCGUUGCAAGAUCUGAGAUCUUCCAGGGAUGAUGUUCUCCGCCAGUGGGCUUAUGCUGUGGGUUAUGAAACAAAGAAUGAGGUUGGCAACUUUGAUAACAAAACGACAAUGGUUCAGGGUAGCGACCUGAAGGAGAAAAAAGGUUCUGGAGGCUUUGUUAAAUUAGAGGACAAAGAGAAACUCAUCAUAGAAAUGGAGAAAUCAGUUUUGAGGGAGGCAAUUGAAGUCAUCCAGAAGGCAGCUCCACUGAUGGAGGAAGUCUCACUUCUAGUUGAUGCAGCUUCCCGGAUUGAUGAACCAUUUCUAAUGGCUAUAGUGGGGGAAUUCAAUUCCGGUAAAUCAACAGUCAUCAAUGCACUUCUUGGGAACAAAUACCUAAAUGAGGGGGUAGUUCCUACUACAAAUGAGAUCACUUUUCUGUGCUACUCGGAGUUGGAGUCUGGAGAGCUACAACGUUGUCAGAGGCAUCCAGAUGGUCAAUACAUCUGCUAUCUUCCAGCAUCAAUUCUCAAGGAUAUAAACAUUGUUGACACACCUGGGACUAAUGUAAUUCUUCAAAGGCAACAGCGUCUUACUGAAGAAUUUGUUCCACGUGCAGAUCUGCUUGUUUUUGUUCUUUCUGCUGAUCGCCCUUUAACCGAAAGUGAGGUUGCUUUUCUUCGGUAUACUCAACAGUGGAAGAAGAAAUUUGUGUUUGUCCUGAAUAAAACAGAUAUCUACCGCGAUGCCCGUGAGCUUGAGGAAGCUAUUUCGUUUGUGAAGGAGAACACUCAGAAGUUGCUCAAUACAGAAAAUGUGAUAUUAUAUCCAGUAUCUGCACGGUCUGCCCUUGAAGCCAAGUUGUCAGCCACUACAUUGGUCGGCAGAGACUAUCUAGAGGUCUCGGAUGCCGAUUCUAAUCAUACAUCUCAUAGCUUCGAUGAACUUGAAAGGUUCCUUUACAGCUUCCUAGAUAGUUCAUCCACUUCUGGGAUGGAAAGAAUAAAGCUUAAACUGGAGACACCAAUUGCAAUUGCUGAGCGUCUUCUUUCUUCUGCUGAAUCUCUUGUGAGGCAAGAGUGCGUAUCAGCUAGGCAGGAUUUGGCUUCAGCUGACAAAAUUAUUGAUCGUACUAGAGAUUACGCUAUCAAGAUGGAGAAUGAGAGCAUCUCAUGGAGAAGAAAGGCACUUUCCCUGAUUGAUACUGCCAGAUUACGCAUUGUUGAGCUCAUAGAAGCUACCCUACAGCUAUCAAAGCUCGAUCUUGUCUUUUCUUACAUGUUUAAAGGGGAAAGUUCUGCCACACUAGCUGCUUCAUCAAGAGUUCACAAUGAAAUACUCGCGCCAGCUCUCUCUAAUGCUCAAGAAUUACUUGGAGAAUAUGUUGAAUGGUUGCAGUCAAAUAAUGCUCGUGAAGGGAGUCUCUCCAAGAAAUCAUUUGAGAACAAAUGGCCAAGAUAUGUCAAUCCAAACGCUCUAGUGGAUAUGGAGACGUAUGACUUGCUUAGGAAAAUGGAUGAAUUCAGCCUGAAAAUAAUACAGAACUUGAGCACCACUUCCAGCACCACUUCCAAAAAGUUGGAACAAGAUAUUCGGGAAGUGUUCUUUGGGACAGUUGGCGGGCUAGGAGCUGCCGGUUUAUCUGCAUCACUUCUGACAUCGGUGCUGCCCACCACCUUGGAAGAUCUUCUCGCUCUUGGCCUUUGUUCCGCGGGAGGGUAUGUGGCGAUAUCAAAUUUCCCAUCUCGUAGACAGGCUAUAAUUGAUAAGGUGAACAGGGCAGCUGAUGCGUUAGCUCAACAGCUCGAAGAUGCCAUGCAGAAGGAUCUCUCCAGGGCUAUGGUUAAUCUAGAAAACUUUGUGGAUAUAAUUGGCAGACCAUAUCGAGAAGAAGCUCAGCAAAGACUUGAUCGACUUUUAGGCGUCCAAAAAGAAUUAUCAGAUAUUAGGAGUAAACUCCAGACUCUGCAAGUUGAAAUUGAUAAUCUUCAUGUAUCACAAGAUGAGAUGAAACUUUAGCUAGCAAAACCAUAUCGAUUUUGCCCUUUUUGAAAUCGUUGAAGGGGGGACAGUGUAUGUGCACUUUGUCAUAAUCAAUAAGAUCUUCAGUUACCACUUUGAUUGGACUUUUUUUGAUUUAUCGGGUGUAAACCCGGCUGGCAGGAGAGGCUCCUGAAAAUACCAAGCAAUUGCAUCAUGUGCAUUUGACACUGAUUUUCUGGAGCAAAGGGCCUGAGAUGUUUGAAAGUCAGGAGCCUUAAUGGAGGUCUAUCUCCAAUUCCAAGAAACUCAUAAGCAUAGGUUUCCCUUGGGAGUAAUUCUUGGCAUAUGCUUGCUAUCCUAUCUAAAGGUAAGCAUAAAACUUUCUUUUCUGAGAAAGGAUUAGCUCUAAAAAGUUUUUAAAAUCUGAUAUUAGCGGAAUAAACAUAGUUAGUGCUCAACAAUGGAGAUAAUUAGAAUAACAUUAUGAUUAAUAAUAUGGAACGUACUGUUUUUGUAAAGUUUAAUGAGAGGUCCCUUUAGUAUUAUUAAUCGAAGUUGCAACAUAAGCCAAUGACAUGUGUUUGCUUGGUAACCCAAUCUUUUUGUUUAAAACAAAGAGAGGGAAUACUAAGCCUGGUCAAAAGUUAGGGAAAGGAAAUGCCAGUUGAGAUGUUUGUGUAAGCCUGAAUGAGAUUCCACCUUCUUUGUAAAGUAGAAUAGACAAAACAUAUUAAAGGGGACAAUAUACAACUAGUGAAUUCUGAGAGAGUGUGUGUGUGUGUAUAUAUAUAAACAAUUUAAAACUUCAAAGGACCUAACUUUGUAUUUUCUUUUGGGUUUGCGGCCAGCAAUUGGAUUGUGGUGCAAAGAAACCCCUUUUAUUUUUUUGGUUUCCUUGUUUCUAAGCUCCUCUUCUCCUGAUUGGUUGGACAAGCUAAAGCAGCAAAGCAAAAGACAAAGAGUAGGGCCUAGGAGCAAAAUUUGAUGGUUACGGUUUAUGAGAGAGAAAAAUAGGGUACAUAUUCUUGUCAGCUUCACUAAUAUAUAGCCUACUCUAUACAUAUUUUACGUCAGCAUAGACCUCCUAGAAAUUCCAUUGUUCUGGGGCAUGGAAUGUCUGCAUUAGUGAAAAAGUUUUCAUGACCUGUUUUAGAAACUCGUUUUGCAACCUUAGCUUUAAGUACGGUUCCGCGUUUAGCUUCGUUGUCUCAAAAUCUUAAUAGAUCCUGGCCGAUGUUACCUUUGGAUGAUAUCAUUUCGAAUGAUGAGAUGCCAUAAUGCAUGUGAAUGGUUGAGACAAGGGUAUGUCUCAGUCAAUCAACAAUCAAUUUCUGUUGUGUGACCCACACCAUAUUAUUUGUUCUUUGGGAGGAUCCCACUGCGAUUUCCCACCUACCAUUGGUUCUGGCUCUUAAGCAAAUUGUGCUAGAUCGUCGACACGAUGUAGAGAUGGAACAUAUCCCUUACUUGACAUGACUCGGUUUCCAUUAGAGUGCGUAUGCAUAACAGGAAAGUUCACCAUGUAAUUUUCUAUAUGCUUGGCUUGUGAAUCUAUGAUUGAUCCUUUUUUUACCGAAUUGUUGUAUAUUGAGUCUUGCAGUGAGUGUCCUAACAAUUACUACUAGGAAACUGUACUUGUCGAAAACACAGUCUGAAGGGUUUUGAGUAGAUUGCCUGAAGAAGAAGCAUGCUUGUGUAAAACUCCUUGUUCAGCUCCUGCUUUGGAUGUGUUUUACUGCUUAUGUUUCCGAAUCUCACAACAUGGGGCUUGUCUCAGAUUGAUUUGAAUCUCGGCUUAUGAUGAUCAGAUUUUACGGUAGCAGCUCCUCGCGUCGGGGAAGAAGCAAAAUAUCCACAGGUGAUUUGCAGAAAACUCAAAUCUCUCUGUUAUACAUACAGAUGUAGCAUUUGGGAGUUCAAUAAGGGCUUGGAUUGGGAUGCAGAUGAUGGAAAUGAGGGAUGAUGUGAAGUAUGAACAUGUUAUGGAGUGUCCGUACGCUCUUUUAUUCAUGUCCUCACGGUUAGCAAGUGGGUAUUCGGUGUGUUGGUCCCAGGAGGUUUUUUCCAAUUCAAUUAUUUGUUUUUUUUUUUAAAAAAAAAAUUGCACCAAUAGGGGGCAGUUUGGUCAUUCUGUUAAUUGUUAUUUAUUUAAUAUAUUUAUUUUUGCGUAA